UCCAUCUUCAUCUUCAUCUUCAUCUCUUCGUCACCAACCAUGGCUUCCUCCUCAUCCUCAUCCAUGGAUCUCCAAACCCUAGAACAAGAAGAACAACAACAACAACAACCCCAAACUCUCCAAUCUCCUCCCAUCGCUUCUCUCUCCCUCUCCCUCUCCCCUCUCCUCCUUCUCCCCUCUUCCAAACCCUCUCUCUCUCCCUUCUCCUCCCUCAAGCUCCCUUCCCAACUCUCCUCCGUCUCUCUCCACCUCUCCUCCUUCUCUCUCUCUUCCAAACCCUUCUCCUCCUCCUCAUCCUCAUCCUCCUCCAUUUCCACUCUCCGCUCCCCUCUCCCUCUCCUCCCUCGCCGCUCCUCCGACCCCUCCCACCCCGUCGCCGGCCGCCGCUGCUCCAUCGUAUGGUUCCGCUGCGACCUCCGCAUCCACGACAACGACGCCCUCACCUCCGCCUCCAACGACUCGCUCUCCAUUCUCCCAAUCUACCUCUUCGACCCUCGCGACUUCGGCAAAUCCUCCUCCGGCUUCGACCGCACUGGCCCUUACCGCGCUGCCUUCCUCCGCGACUCCGUCGCUGACCUCCGCCGCUCUCUCCAAUCUCGUGGCUCCGACCUCGUCGUCCGCGUUGGCCGCCCUGAAACCAUCCUCCCCGAGCUCGCCCGCGCUGUUGGCGCCGAUGCUGUCUACGCACAUCGUGAGGUCUCCAACGAUGAGGUCCGCACUGAGGAGAAGGUCGAGAAGGUGAUGCAGGAUGAGGGGGUGGAGAUGAAGCUUUUCUGGGGGAGCACUCUCUACCACAUUGAUGAUUUGCCGUUCGAGCUGGAUCAGAUGCCUCUCAACUAUGGAGGUUUUACUGAGCGUGUGCGUGGCUUAUCUGUGAGGAAGACGAUUGAGGCUUUGGAUCAAAUCAAGGGUUUGCCUUCCAGAGGUGAUGUUGAUCCUGGGGAAAUCCCUAGCUUGACGGAGCUCGGCCUCAAUCCACCGCCUGUCAUUGCUCAGGAUGGAAAACCUGUUAAUGCUACUCUAGUAGGCGGUGAAUCUGAAGCAUUGCAAAAGCUUAAAACAUUUGCUGCUGAAUGCCAUGCACAACCGAAAAAGGGACACACAGAUAGCGCCCAAGACAGCAUCUAUGGUGCUAAUUUCUCAUGCAAAAUCUCACCAUGGUUAGCAAUGGGAUGCCUAUCUCCACGUUCCAUGUUUGAUGAAUUGAAGAAAAGUGCUACCAGAACAAUGUCCAUGGCCUCAAAACCAAAGAAUGGCACUGGUACAGAUGAUACUGGCAUGAACUGGUUAUUGUUUGAAUUGCUCUGGAGGGAUUUCUUCAGGUUCAUCACUAGAAAGUACAGCUCCAAGAAGAGAAAGCUUGAACCAAGUGCUCCGGCCACCGCCUGCACUGGCGCGCUUGCUUAAACUCAUGCCACUGUCGAUGAGUAUUGGUAUAUCAACUUGAUAAUUCCAACCCAUUUUGGCCCAAUGCAUCUUUUGUUCUUUUUUCCUAAGUAUUACAAUCAAUCGGUUUUGGUUUGCCGACUCAUUGCUGUGUUUUUUUCCGAUCCAGAAACUCUCUUGAGUGAACCUUCCCCAAUUUGUUUCUAUGUUCUUGCACUUGAUCAAAGUGCCCCAAUGGGAUUAGCUUUUUUUAAUCAGGUCGACAUAAAUUUCGGAUUUCCGAC